AUGGGCUGCCGCGGCUGCCUGCUAUCGUUGCUCGCGUCCGUCGCGUCGCCGCUCGGCGGCCCGCCGGCGACCGUCGUCGUCGUCACGUGCAGCGCCCACUACACGGACUUCUUCGAGAACUGGCUCGCGUGGCUCGAGCGGUCCGGCGUCGCCGGCGCCGUGGGGCUCGUCGCCAUCGCCGAGGACGAGUCCGCGGCGGCCUACCUCGAGGCCUGGGCCGCGGCGCCGCCGCCAGGCUGGCACGCCUACCGGCGCGCCGUCGCGCCGCCCGCCGCCGGCGCCGCGCCCCUCGGCGGCGCGCUCGGCUUCGAGACGCGCGGCUUCGCGACACUCAUGGCGCGGCGCGCGGCCUACCUCGCCGCAGAGCUCGCGGCGCUCGCGGCCGACGGUGCCUGGGCCAAGGAUCCGGCGUCGCGCCUCGUCUUCAGCGACCUCGACGUCGUCUGGCUCGGGGCAGGGCAGCAAAAGAGAGCGAAAUUCCCAACUUCAAAGGCUCCGAUCUCGGCCAUUUUCCACUCGCUCGGGGACCCGCGGCCCCACCUCCGAUCCAGCGGCUGCGACGCGUGGGCGCAGACGCAGCACCGCGAGAAGGGCCUGCUGAACCCGGGCUUCCUCGCCCUGCGGCCGUCGCCGGGCGCCGCGAAGCUCCUCGACGCCUGGGCGGCGGCCCUCGCCGGCGGGCCCCAGCGGAACCUGCCCGCGUUCAACGCCGCGGCGCGCGGCGCUGCGCCCGCGGCCGCGGCGUGCGCGCUGCCGCCGGAGACGUUCUGCUCGGCGAAGCGCACCUUCAACCGGCCCAAGUGGGCCGCCGACGCGCCCCGGGGCGCCGUCACGGCCCACGCGAACUGGAUCGACGGCCACGACGCCAAGCGCGCCGCGCUCGCGCGGUCCGGCGCGUGGCUCGCGGCCGGGGCGACGCCGCUCCUCGUCCCGGCGCGCUAA